AUGGUCGAACCAGCGCGUCUCUUCCAGGAGGAGGUCGUCGAGGCGCCCGUGGAGCUCAAGUUGGAUCUGCUUCUACCGGUGCCGCUGCGCCGUGGCACGGCCCCCCUCCACAUCGCCACCAUCAACGGGGACACGUGGCAAGGGGCUCGCACGGUGCUGGAGUGGAACGCUGCAGCCGGCAGGCGCUUUGACGUGGCCUUCGUUCAGGAGACGAGGUUCCCCGACUCCGAGGCGGCUGGGGGCGCUCGCCAGUGGUGCUUGGGCCAGGGCUGUCAUCUUGCCCUGGGCCCUCCUCGUCGGACUGGCGCUGAGCGUCUGGCUGUCAGUGGCGGCGUGGGCCUCUGCAUCGGCACGCACAUUGGGGUCUUCAGUGGCAUUGCUGUCCCUGAUGAGUGGAGCCAUCGCAUUGUGGCCAGGAAGAUCCACCUCGGCGAGGGCUCGGUCCUCUUGGUGAUCUCUCUCUACAUGAUCACCUCCAUCGGCCUCACUGGUGAUAACCUGGCGCUCCUUGCGGAGGUGGCGUCUAUUGUUGGGCAGUUCCCUGUGCCCUUCAUCAUCGGCGCCGACUGGAACGUUGACGCCCACGACCUUGUGGCCAGCGACUGGUGCCAGGAGGUGGACGGGAUCAUCGUCAACCCUGGUGUCCCGACAUGCGGGGACAACGAGUACGACUACUUCGUCAUGUCCCGCUCGCUGGCCCACCACACCUCCCACC